AUGGCUGCUACUGAGGAUAAAACUCCAGCAGUUUGUGGCUGUAAAGGAAUCAGAACAUGUCUGAUCUGCGAGCAACAGAAUGUUAAAAAGCAGUCAGUCAUCGCAAACAACGAGCAGAUUCAGUGCGAUUUUACAUACGACCCGUUGUCAAAACUAGCUGUCCGAAAUAAACACGGUGUCCAAGAAUAUCUUCCCUUACCCGGAAUACGUAUAUGGGAGAAUUUUGUCACGGAAGAUGAGGAGAAAGACUUGGUCACUGAGAUGGACCGAAACAUGUGGAGAGAUUCCCAGUCGGGUAGACGGAAACAGGAUUUUGGACCAAAGGUGAACUUCAAAAAGCGACGUGUUCGUCUAGGAGGCUUCAGUGGUCUUCCAGCCAUCAGCCGUAAACUGGUGGAGAGAAUGAAAGAAGAGCCGCUGUUAGCGGGAUUUCAACCGGUAGAGCAGUGUAAUCUGGACUACAGCCCAGAGAGAGGCUCAGCUAUCGACCCCCACCUAGACGACAGCUGGCUAUGGGGUGAACAUUUAGUCACUGUGAACUUGUUAUCUAGCACUGUCCUAACUAUGAGUCUGGAUGAGGGAACGGGAGAACCGGACAAGGAGGAGGUGAGAGUUGCCGUGCAUUUGCCGCGCAGGUGUCUAGUCGUUCUCUAUGGGGAGGCGCGUCAUCGGUGGAAACACGCCAUUCAUAGAAAGGACAUUCACAGCCGGAGAGUAUGCAGUACCUUCAGAGAACUUUCCGCGGAAUUUCUACCGGGCGGGGUGCAGGAAAAACUCGGUUCUGAGUUAUUGGACAUAGCCUUGAGCUUUAAAGGAGUUCCCUUAUAA